ACCCUGCAAGGCCUGCUGGGAAAAUCUCUUGGCAAGUAGAGUUGUGUGUGUGCGUGCAGAGAGAUAUCGCUGAAAUAAAGAACAGGAAGAGAAGAUAGAGCAGCGCCGUCUCUGACACACUUUUUGGCUCUCCAGCUGUACAAGUUCCUCUUCUGUCCCCAACCGAAGGUCUCCCCUCAUGGGCAAAGUGAAGGGCAAGUCCGGGCCCUUGGCUCGGAGGCCGGACAACUCGGCUUUCAAACAGCAGAGGCUACCUGCCUGGUCUCCCAUGCUAACAGCUAACACUGUGCUGCCGUUCUUCUACUUUAUGGCUUCGAUAUGCAUGCUGCUGGGAGUAUGGCUGCUUCUCACAGUGCAGAGCACACAGGAAAUAAAGCUGGACUACACACUUCUGUUCCAGGGUGAUGUCUUUUUCUACUAUGGCCUCAAAAACUUUCACCAGAACCUCCGCAGAUACAUGGACUCCAGAGAUGAUGGACAGAUGGUUGGCAGGAAGAGAAACUUAAAGAACCCAAGUUCAUACUGCAGUCCGUUCACAAAAGACCAGAAUGGACUCCCCAUCGCCCCCUGUGGAGCUGUCGCCAACAGUAUCUUCAAUGACUCCUUCUCUCUGACGUAUCAUGACUCCAGGGGUUCAGUUAAAGUCCCUCUGCUGCGGGGGGGCAUCACCUGGUAUACGGACAAAAACGUCAAGUUCCGCAACCCAAAGACGGACAACUUGACGCUGGCUCAAGUGUUUGAAGGCACAGCCCGGCCUCUGUACUGGCAUAAGCCUGUGUACGAGCUCGAUCCCCUCGACCCGACCAACAAUGGCUUCAUCAACGAUGACCUGAUCGUGUGGAUGAGAGAGGCAGCCUUCCCCAACUUCAAGAAGCUCUAUGGGGUUUUAUACCGAGCCGACGAGCCCUUCACUAAGGGUCUGCCAGCAGGGAAUUACAGCAUCGGCAUAUCCUACAACUUCCCUGUGCAGUACUUCCGAGGCAGAAAGGAAGUGGUGCUGACCACACUGACCUGGUUUGGAGGUCAGAACCAUUUCCUGCCCAUUGCGUACCUAGUAACCAGCAGCCUGAUCCUACUGAUAGCAGUCAUCCUCACGGUGUUUUGGUGGAAGUUUGGAAAGAAUGGGAAGAACAUGGAGCAAUAAAGGGUGAAAACGUGCUUUGGGAUGGUAAAAAAAAAAAAAGACAAGCAGCUGAGAAGUGGUAAUUUGUUGUGCUGCUCUUAGAUCAUCGCCGACAAGAACAUUGACGCAAGCAAAUGAUUAAGGAAAAGAUACUCAUUUGGUACAAUCCCACAGCAGCAUGUGUUGGGAAACCAAUGAAGAAUUAGGUUUGACAUCUGGAAAAUUACGUUCCCUAUCAACUAAAUGACCCACAUGUGUUAUGGCUUUUAUUGGGAUGAUGUUGCUCUGAACAACCCACUGAAGGCAGGGUGUGUUAGCUCAGGCUUCAAGCUUUCUUUACAUGUUGAUUUUACUUGAUGCAUUUUUUUUUUCAUACACACCAUUUUGUUCAUGUACUGUUAAUAUUUAUUAUAAUAAUUGUGUAACAUCACAAAAACAGCCACUAUGGUUGAAUAACGAAUAACUACACUGUAAAAAGUGUAUAAUAAAAUACAGACAAACCCUGUAAAGCUGAUUCUGAAGAUUAAAUAAAGAUAUAAUGUACUUUUUAAUUACAGCAUACUUAAGGUUAGCCAGUGCAGCUAGUAUUGUUCCAAUGUUCAUGUUCCUAUAUGGACCCACAGAUGCUAAGAAUGAUGCUAUUAUACAUUGUAAGACAGCCAAGCUCUGUGAGGCUGUAUUUAGGCACAGAAGUGCUUUGAACUAAAUGCUAACAUACUGAGCAGCAAUAUUGUUCACCGGUUUAGUGUGUUAGCAUGGUAACAUUUGUGAGUUAGCGCUCUACACAAAGUGCAGCUAAGGCUGAUGGGAAAGUCACUGGUUUGUAGGCAUGCAGUCACAGAUUGAAAUCAGGGAAUUACCAAAAUGAUUUAAAUUCAUCCCGAGGUGGACGUGAAUGUGUGUAAAUGUGUGAAACCAUGAAUGUCUGUCCAAAACUCCAUCCAGCUGAGAUAUGUCAGUCUGGACCAGCUGACCAAAAGACUAAAAUUCAUCAUCUUAAGAACUGAUUGAGGAAAAGAUGCUUUAUUAUCAAACUAUAACUUUCUGUGCUUGAAUUAGAACUGUGAAAUCUGUAAAUGUCAGUCAGCUACAUGUAUGUGCAUACACAGACUGUGUAGUCUCUUAUGGUUUACAAUAUUUUGUUGUUUGGAUGACCGCUAAAGAUUGUAAUAAAACAUUUUCCUUUU